UUAAAACCCUACGGAAAAAUAGUUGACGAAAAAGAAAGCCUAUGAAAAAAUAUACGUAUUUAUUUAUUCAUACGGUCUCAUGGAUCCACUUUCUCUCAGCUAUAUAUUUUUUAAUCUUAUAAAAACCAUUUCCUCUCUUCAUAUUUCUUCUUCUUCCUCCUCAAGUCACAAAACCAAUUCAACAACUCAGACAACAACAGAGCUCUCAUCCUUAAAACUUGACAAAACAAAAAAUGGGAAGAGACUGGUCCUGGCUCGGCGGAGGGAAGAAGAAAUCCUCAAGCAAGUCAAAGGAAGAAGACAUCAAACCCACGCAGCCGCCACCGCCGUCACUCGCCGGAAAUACUGCAACGGCGGCGGGAUGCAUGAGUGCUGUCUUCAACAUUUUUGAUUUUCAACAUUUACAGUUUCCUAUUAACCACCACCAUCUUCAUCUUCCCAAAGGUAUCAUCUUCUUCCCCACUUCUUCACUCUUUUACAUUACAUUAUUUGAUUCUCUGUUAUAAAUCAAAUUCAGGCGUAGAUGCACCAAGAAACAGCUUGGAAUCAACGGAGGAGGAAACUUCAUUUUCACCAACCAGAAAAGAUGGAAAUUUAAAUAUCUCUGUAAGUGAAUAAAACUAAAACUAUCCACUCUGUUUUUUUAUCUUCUUGGGUUCCUCAAAAGUUUCUUCCUUUUGACCCUAAUCAUGGUUUUUUCCAGAUGGGUAUUAAAAUCAAGACCAAACCACAAGCAAGAUCAUCAUCAGCAUCUCUUACACCCACUGAAACUUACUCUCCGAGCAUAAAGACACCUACUUUGGUUGCUAGACUCAUGGGUCUUGAUCUUGUUCCUGAUAAUUACAGAUCAUCUCCUACUCCAUCUUCGUCAUCUUCUUCUACCUUAAUUGAUCUCAAGACACCAACAAGAUCUUCUCACGCAAAGAAACACAGACAUUAUUCUCUCCAAAGAAACUCUGUCGACGGAGGCACACGUUCUCUUCCCGAGACACCGAGGAUUUCACUUGGAAGGAGAUCCGUUGAUGUCAACUGUUACGAACACCAACGUUCUUCACUUCAUCUCAGAGACAACAACAUCAACGUGUUUCCUGAAAGAGAAUCUGGUAUUAACAAUGUCAGGCUCACGAGGGUCAAAGAGAUACACGAAGAUAAAGAGAAUCGGAGUCCACGAGAGUAUGCUAGACAGAUAGUGAUGCAGUUGAAGGAGAACGUUAGCCGAAGAAGAAGAAUGGGAACUGAUAUAACCAACAAAGAAACACAACCAAGAGAGGUUCAUGAGUCCAAGAAAGCUUCUUCUAAGACCACAAUCAUCACUCAUGAUGUAUCAUCAUCCCCGAGAUUGGGAUUAACGGAAGUCCCCAAAACAAAACCAACCUCACUUCAGACAAAUAAUGUCGCUUCCAAGAUUCUGGAAACAACAGCAAUGAAGGUUCAAGACAAGACCAGGUUACCAACAGUGCAUGAAGAGCCACAAGGAACAGAGAAAGAAAAACAGAGGAAAUCUACAAAGAAAUGCAAGAAACCAGAGAAUUUCAAGUCGAGAUUAGUGAAGCCGCCACAAUCAAUGCAGGAAGAGCCGUUUGUUCGAUCACCAGCAAUAAACAACAGCAACAACAACAACAAUGGUCAUCUACUUCUUAUCCAAGGAGACAAAUCUUCCAGCAAGAAAACUCCUUUAUCCAUUAAUCAUCUCAUCAACUUCACCAGUGUUCCCACCAUCAAGAAGAAAGAUUCACAACCUCAUCACAAAUCGUCAAACUUAAAGCUCAGAGAAACACAAACACCAAGAAACAGAGCAUCAUCAUCAGAGCUCCCUAGUUUUCCGAGCCAAUCACAACACCACAUUGCACCAAUCGCCGGCGGCGAAUUAGAGUACAUAACAAGAACCCUAAGAAGAACAGGAAUCGACAGAGACACACCAAUCUCAUACGCUAAAUGGUUCUCUCCUUCACACCCACUUGAUCCAUCAAUCUUCUACUUCCUCGAACAUUUCGCUGUUACAUCAACCAGACCUAGAAAUUCACCGGAAAAUCUCUCUCUUCGAUGCAAUAGAAAGCUACUCUUCCACUUAGUAGACGAAAUCCUCGCCGAUAUCUUAAAGCCACACAUAAAUUUGAAACCUUGGGUUUGCCAUUACCCGAUUCGGUCUCAGAGGAAUCUAAAGGGAUCGGAGCUAAUCGACGAGUUAUCUCGGAGAAUCGAGCGGUUUCCGUUAGCAAAGUGUUUGGUUCUAGAAGAUAUCGACGCUCUCGUCGCCGGGGACUUCCCGGAGAUUGAAUCGGCGUUUGAAGAAGACGGCGAAGGAAUCGUCACGGAGAUCGAGAGAGGAAUCUUUGAAACACUCGUGACUGAAACGACGACGGAUUAUUUAGCCACGUGGAUGGUCAAAACGGCGCCGCUGAAACGUAACGAUGAUGUCAGUGGCACGUGGGGUGUUCACGUGACGAGAUACUCUACAAAUGUGGGGUCCCACCACGACUCGUCCUCAUUGAGAUUAAGGCUUCCACGUGGAUAAAAGAAUUCCACAUGGCAGACAUUUACUGGUUCUUCUUUGUAUAGAGAUAUCUUUUUUUAAUAUAUAGAUUAUUUAUAUUAAUUUUCAAAUACUUUUGUAGCCGUUAUAAAUAAAUAAAAUAAAAUUUUGAAAUUGUAG